CGCCACGACAACGCCGUGCGCUACCUGGGCCAGGAUUUCGGGCUCUUGGCCASCGAGUGCCGCCGCUCCGGGUCCCUUUUCCGGGACCCCGCCUUCCCCCCGGUCGCUGCCUCGCUGGGAUUCCGUGAACUCGGGCCUGGCUCGUCUAAAACCCGCGGCGUGGAGUGGAAGAGACCCACGGAGCUGUGCCGGCGCCCGCAGUUCAUCGUGGACGGAGCCACCCGCACCGACAUCUGCCAGGGAGCGCUGGGUCAGGAUUUUUUGGGACUCGGCUGCUCCAUCGAUAUAACCAGCGCCUUCGACAUGGAGGCCGUGACCUUCAAGAAGUUGGUGAAGGGCCACGCCUACUCGGUGACAGGCGCCAAGCAGAUCCCGUACCGCGGGCAGGCCCUGGAGCUGAUCCGGAUGCGCAACCCCUGGGGAGAGGUGGAGUGGACGGGCGCCUGGAGCGACGGCUCGGCCGAGUGGCACGCGGUGGAGCCAUCSCUGCGCCAGCAGCUCAUGGUCAGGAUGGAGGACGGCGAGUUCUGGAUGUCCUUCCGCGAUUUCCUGCGCGAAUUCACCCGCCUGGAGAUCUGCAACCUGACCCCGGACGCGCUGCAGUCSCGCAAGUUCCGCAAGUGGAACACGCGGCUCUACGACGGGACCUGGCGGCGCGGCAGCACGGCCGGCGGCUGCAGGAACUACCCCGCCACCUUCUGGAUCAACCCCCAGUUCAAGAUCCAGCUGGAGGAGGUGGACGAUGAGAGGGACGAGGACGGAGGGCGCGAGCCCGGCUGCAGCUUCCUGCUGGCGCUGAUGCAGAAGCACCGGCGCCGCGAGCGCCGCUACGGAAAGGACAUGGAGACCAACCGGGGCCACCCCCCUGUGUCCCCUCCCACCCAGGACAUGGAGAUCAGCGUCACCGAGCUCCAGACCAUCCUCAACCGCAUCAUCGGCAAACACAAAGAUCUGCGGACCAAGGGCUUCAGCACCGAGUCCUGCCGGAGCAUGGUCAACCUCAUGGACAAAGACGGGAACGGGAAAUUGGGACUGGUGGAGUUCAACGUCCUCUGGAACCGGAUCCGCAAUUACCUGGUGGGUCUGGGGGGGAUUGGG